AUGGAUUAAGAAAGAAGACGAAGAUGGAUUUAAACUCAAUAGUAAAAGCUAGAUGAUAUCAGAUCUAGAAAACUUACUCCUACUCAUCAUCUUAGAAUUGAUAAUAUUAGAUUGAGUAAAACUGAAAAGAUGAUCUAAUUAAAAUAACCAUCAAUGUUAAGACAAUAAUCAACUAUGGCUAUAGAUGAAUAUAUUUCAAAAGGAGAUUGUAAACUUAUAUUUUUAUAAUAAUAAAAUGAAGACAUUGGAUUUAAAACAUUUACAGAAAUGAUGAAAACUAAUUCAAGUUGGUGGGGUAAAGCUGAUUAACUUAAUCCAAAUGAAUCUACACUUAAAAAUAGAUUAUAAUUCAAUUAAUUAUAAGCUAAUCAAUUUACAAAUUAAUUAAAUAGAAAAUGGACAAGCACAGUAAAUGAAAUUACAGAAUUGAUAAAUAAAUAAUAAGAAAUUUAACAUCUUUAAAAAGUUAAAAAAAUUAAAUUAAAACCAAAACCUAUACCAUAAGUAGAAGAAAAUGAAUAAAAUAAUGAUGAAAAUAAUAAUAAUAAAUAAUUUGAUACAUCCUCAACUAUAAUCAAAGUAUUUUGGUUCAAUAUUUAAAUAAAUGAAUGGAAACCAUCUGUUAGAGAAGGAUGUUCUCUCACUUAUAUUCCUUCUCUAAAUAAAGCAUAUAUGUAUGGAGGAAUAGGUAAUGAUUUAUUUAAAAAUGUCAUUGCUUUAAAUACAUAAACAUGGGCUUGGAGAGAUAUUGGAAUUGGUAAAGGAGAAGCACCAAAUGAAGGUAGAUUUGGACACACAGCCACUCUAUAUAAAUCAAAUAUUAUAAUCUAUGGAGGAGAAAAAAAGUUUAAUCAUCUUAUGAAGAUUAGAGAAUGUUAUAAUGAUGUUAGAAUGUUUAAUCCACUAGAAAAAUAGUGGACAUUAAUAAAAACAAGUGGAGAUGUCAUAGAAGGAAGGAGAAAUCAUAUAGCUUAAUGUGUUGGAAAAUAUUUUAUUAUUUUUGGAGGUCUUAAUCCUUAUGGUUAAGUAUUAAAUGAUGUUUGUGGCCUUAAUUUAGAAACUAAUAAAUGGUAUUAUUAUUAUUUUAUAGGCUAGGUCAGUAUUACAUUUAGAAAAUCAAUUUCUAGAAGGUGUGUCAGAUGCUGCAUCUGCUGCUUUGUUUAAUGGAGAGGUUAAAAUGGAAAAUCCUUAUUUUAGCUAUGAAUGUAAUAAGAAAAAAGGAAAGUAUUCUACUGUUAAUUAAGAGGGAAUAUAUGUAUUUGGAGGAAGAACUCAAAAUGGAGAAGCCUCAAAUGAUUUGAGACUCAUUUAAUUUGGAAUCAAACCUAUUAAGAUCAUUAAAUUAAAAACAAAAGUACUUGUUUGCCAUCAUUUUAGGGGUAAGUACCAAUUGCUCGAUAUUCUCAUAGUCUUAAUUAUUAUUAUAAUUUGAAUGCUUUAAUUGUAU